AGACAAGGCUGCAACAGGCCAUAGAACAGCCCCUCCAUGUAACGAUAAUAGCAACUCCAGUUCUUGGGCCCAAUGCCUUGCCAUUCCCAUCGUACGAAUAAUUCCCCCUCCCCCCAGAUCAAAUGCGACGAAUUCUGCGGGGUGAAUCUCAACAACAGCAAAGAGCAUUUGAAUUGACCAGUGACCCUAAAGAGUACAUCCAUCAGACCCAACCAUGACCGAACGAACUCAAAGAGGAACUGGAAUUCUUUGCCCUCCCAGAUUUUCCUUCGAGCACGAUCAACGGCAAAGUCCGUUGUUCUCACGUCUGCCGUCCGAAAUCCGCGAGGAGGUAUUUGCAUUUGUCCUCUCCAGCUAUGAAGACACGACUCGAGCAUAUGAGAAAGAAACCUAUUGGACUCGACCGGGUCAUUGUGGCCCGCAGCAUGUCUCCACAGACCUCCUGAGGACAUGCAAACGAGUCUACACCGAAGCAUGGUUUAUGCCGUUCAUCUACGCAGAGCAUACUGAGUACCUCACCGCGUCGGACAGAAGGCCGCGAACGGCCACGUGGAGCGACUGUCUCAGAAUCAUGGAUGCUGAUUAUGAAAAGCUCCAACCACGAUUCGUUCGCGUCUUCGCGCAAAUGUGGGCACUCGAGCCGGGUGACCGAUUUCAAGAGACUCUGGAUAUGCCGCAUUUCUAUCCCAAGAAGAUCACGCUCACGAUUCGAUACACGGACUUCUGGUUUUGGGAGGACGAUGAACCUCUCCGGAUAGAUUCAACGUGGGUGAAUAAAGUUCGAUUCCCCGAGAGUGUCUCGCGGUUUUGUAUCGAGUUUGAGUCAAUCGAGCGACGGAAGAACGAGGUCGACUAUAUCGCCCGCGUAGCCGCAGAGAAGUGGCACUUCCGUCGUAAAGACGGGCUCCUGCUCACUCCACGUGAAUCCGAGAAUUCGGUUUUCAAAUGGACUGGUAGCUCGUGCUUGGGGGGUGAGCGCUGGAUCCGUGAUGAGGUUCGACCAGGGGAAUUGGAUUAUCAUAUUAGGACCGUGACAUGGAAGCUGUCGAGAGAGCGUGAAACGCGGCCCGGGUGUCCGAAUCUCCAAGUUCCCGAUACCAUGGAACGGGAAAUACCGAACAGUGUGCCCGCUGGUGAAGCAGUAGAAGCAUUGGAGAAAUACCGCGAAGUUCACAAUGUAGACUACGACUCCUACGGAGAUAGCGACGGUUAUUAGGUUUGUUUGCGGGCGUUGAGCAUCGCCCCCCUCUCGUAUAAGAAGUGCAGGCGGUAAAUUGUCCUCUAUAUAGGAUUACUGCAAUCCGAUAUUACUGCCCGCGAUACACUUGCUUUCAUUUGCGAUAUUCUCAUUCAGCAUUUAUGAGAUCAGCUUCUGUCCUUAAUUCCGAAACAGCGGUAGGAUUUACACUCAGGCCAACCCCUCAGCCUUCUCAAUCUCUUCUCUAGUCAAACACCAUUUUCUCUGUAGUUCCUUGUCAAGGGCCAAAGGAUACACAUCCUUCGGCCACCACUCCCCCCAACUCGUCAAAAAGAUCUGCUCCGAAUCAGACGGGAAAUCAUUCACAGCAAAUGCCCGAAGAAGGUUUCGGGCCCCUGUUGAACAGCGUUAUGGCUAUAUUCUCCCAACCAAUAAUAGAAUGUGGGUAAACAAAUCUUACCCUCGGGUAUAGUUUUUGCAUCGGGCAUA